CAUCCCCGUGCCACUCCAUCCCCCCUAGGCUUGUUGGAGUGAUGGUGUAGCGUUGAAAACUGUUUUCUCGUGAAUUUCACGCAAAAGUUUUCCACCUUCUAACUCUCGGCCACAACUACUAGGCGGUGUCUACUUGCCAAUAGUGUACGUGUAUCUGUGUGCUAGUGUGUGUGCAGAAUGGAAUAAAAAAAAGCCAUCCCUUACGUUCGAUUGCCGAACGGCCAUAACGGAAUCAAGUGACGCCAAUCGUUAAACAAAAGUUCUUGGUCACCAAGCUUCCUUCCUCCACCAAUGGCCGAAAAAGGACCAAAAAGGGAAUCGUAAUCGAUGUGCGGUUGUCGGGACCCUCCGAAAACCGAUGCACGGUGACGCGCCCGUUGAAUUCCACAUCCGGAGCGGAGGAGGAUUCGGACAAUUUCCCAGACGAUUCCGGUGCGUGGUCGCGUUCGCCAUUGCACGCCGCCGCACCGUUCCACCGCACUGUUGAUCGUGGCCACCGUUCUCCGCGGUCCCAGCUCGUCAUGCUCUUGGAUUCCGAUGAUGAAAAUGAAUAAAACAUAAAGGCCAGAACGACGACGACGACCACCACCACAGAGAGGACGAAGAUCUGGACUGCUCCUUUGUUCACCGAGUUCGGUUUGAGGGGGUGAACCGAUUUGUGGAUUAAGCGGACGGCGGAAGAAGAGCGGAAACAUCCGGAAGAUCCGGAAGAAACGGAUGCCAGUGGUCACCCACUAGCGGCAUUCUUCGGUGCUAGAGUGUGUGCGCGCGUGUGUGUCUGGGUGUAUGGUUUCCGCGUUAACUACCACAACAUCUCGGUGACUGUGUCUGUGAAGUGGAGUGCGUGAAAGCGAACGCGCCUCACACUCCCACGGAUCCAGCGGAUUAAAGGAUAUCAAUUGACCCAAGAGGCGGUCGCCGGGAUCUCGGAGGCGGACGAAACACGGCUCGUUACGGACCGUGUGCCAGAGUGUGGGUGCGCGUCCGUUUGGAAAAUGGCAACGUGGUGAUAAAGAUUUUACGACGCAUUGGAAUUUGUUGCCCUGGAGUGGUUUAUUAAUCCGGAAUCCCGCACUUAUUAGGCAGAAGCACUCGCAGAGAAGGAGGAUGAGGCGGCGGUUGUAGGCGGCAGCAGAAUCACGAUCUAAUCACAUUCACGCCCUCACCUACGAGCGUUCGUCGAUGAGUUUGUGAAAGGUCCUGCCCGCAACCGCGCAACGUCGAAAAAGCUCACCGUCAUCCCUUCGAGCCUUCACUCCUCGGUCCUGGUGCUGAAUAAUGAAAACGAGCCACCGAGCUCCAUUGGGACGCCAUCGCAUCGUCUAAGCGGGAGCACAACGCGACUCCGAGAGGAUCUCGUGUCUCGCAGUUCUUGUCGAAGCCGCAGCAUCGAUCGAUCUACUGAAACGAAAAACGGUCGCGUCACUCUCGAAGGCGCAGGAAAAGGAGCACCGCUAGGCAGCUCCAAACCGCAACCAGCUCCGUGCAGUAAAAAGCCGGUACAAUAACAAGCUUGUACGAUUAAUCGGCUGUUUGUGGUUGAUUGCCCUCCACUGUGUCUGUGUGACGGUGACUGCUGAUUGUACGAAGCAGCAGAAGCAGCAGCAGCAACAACCAACGAGAAGUGCCAAGCAUCAGCACCUUGUGCAGCACGCCUAGUGACCCACGGGAAUCGGCCCUCCGCGAAAAACCAACCUCCGUUUCGUGGUUCCACCGUGGUGGUUAUUCCGGCUGCUGUCCGAGCAACGACGUCCACGGUACGACUUCGUAGCCGUGAGAAGCCGUGCGAGAUCCUGCUUGCAGACCUGGUCGGUAGCUGGGGUACCUUGGCCCGCCAGCCGUCAAACAGGGGGGGAACAAAAGAAACAACAAAAAAAAAAACAACAGACACAGCACCACCAACACCACCAGCAGCAGCACCUUUGUGCCGAAAAGUCAGGAAAUGUGGCUCCCAGCGGUAAUGGAUUUACGACUCCCAAUUCUCUGUUUGCUGAUAGUGGCAGAAAUCUCCCAGGCGUUGAGGAAUGUGCGCGUCACUGUACCGACGGCGAUACGAAGGGGCGACACCGCCCACCUGUACUGCGACUAUGAGCUGGAGGAUAAGGAGCGGCUCUACUCCAUCAAAUGGUACAAAGGCAAGCGCGAGUUUUACCGCUACACGCCCCAGGAAACCCCCUCGAUGAAGGUGUUCAACAACGUCAACGGUGUAGAUGUCGAGCUUGCCUUAUCCAACAAAAGUAACGUCGUCAUUAAGGCCGUCGAAACGAACAUUUCCGGCAAAUACAGCUGCGAGGUAUCGGCGGAUGCGCCAACCUUCCACACGUCGAUCGUAUCGGGCGAAAUGGAGGUUGUAGAACCACCGCCGGGAAAACCAUCAAUAAGCGGGCUGCUGAGCCGCUACCAGCUGGGCGACAUCCUGCGCGGCAACUGCACGGCGAUUAAUUCUAAGCCGGCAGCAAAUCUGACGUGGACGAUUAAUGACGUACCGAUUGUGCCACAGUACAUCAAACAGUACCGACCCAUCAAGGACACCUACACGGGUUUGGAAACAUCGAUCCUGGGCAUCAACAUGCUCGUCUCCCAGGGAUACUUUUCCAACGGCAAGAUGAAGCUAAAAUGUCAAGCGAGAAUACACCAGAUUUACGACGAAAGCAGCGAGCUGUACAUUGAGGAAGACCGGCCCCGGAUACUGGCGACCGGUUCAUCGAGUGGCCAUAACCUCAACCAGCUGUAUCAGAACCCCGGGUACGAUGGCGAGUUGACGGCCCAGAACGAUAUGUACUUAACGGUGAACGGAUACAAAGCGGAUAAUUCACCACCAUCGCCGUCCUCCGCCACCAAGCAGGUUGGAGUGUAUGUGAAGGUUGGCUGGAUUGCAUUCUACGUGAGCACGAUCUGCACCGUACUGCUGUACUCGCUGCGCGUCGGCAUAUCCUGACUGUACAACCUGAAGGAAGUGAUCAAAAUAUAAACGAGUGCCACGGGAUGUGACGAUGCCAUGCCAACGCACCUGCCAGCAGCAUCAGUCCCAUGCUUGUAGCGCUUCCUCUGCUCAACACCAAACGGCACUUCCCGGGGGGCGGGGGGGUUGAGUUUUGCACAAU